AUGGCCAAGGCUAAGGCAGCACCAACAUCCUCCAGCGGUGGAAAGGCAGCAAAGAAGAAGAAAUGGUCGAAGGGAAAAGUCAAGGACAAGGCGCAGCACGCCGUUAUCCUUGACAAGGCCACGUACGACCGCAUCAUCAAGGAGGUCCCCACCUUCCGCUUCAUCAGCCAGAGCAUCCUCAUCGAGCGGCUGAAGAUCAAUGGGAGCUUGGCACGAGUUGCCAUCAGACAUUUGGAGAAGGAGGGGCAGAUCAAACGCAUUGUCCACCACAGCGACCAGUUGAUCUACACGCGGUCGACCGGUGGUGCCGAGUAA